AGGGCUGACCCUCAGCCUCAUCCCUUAGGGCCGACCCUCAGCGCCAUCCUUCAGCCCCAUCCCUCAGGGCUGACCCUCAGCCCCAUCCUUCAACCCUAUCCCUCAGCCCCGACCCUCAGCCCCAUCCUUUAGCCUCAUCCCUCAGGGCUUCACCUCAGGGCUGACCCUCAGCCCCGUCCCUCAGCCCGCAAAUUUGGAGUAAUCAAUCCAUUACUGCCUGUUAAGAUUCAGCAAAGAAAUGAAAAGAAGUUUAGCUGACACCUCAGCUCGCAGCACAGCAGGUUGUCUGCCUGUACCACUGUUCAAUCAGAAAAAAAGAACUAGACAGCCCAUCACUUCAAAUCCACUUAGAAACGAACCAGGUACUGGUUCUGGGACUCGUAGUUAUGACUUCUCUCCCUCAUCAUUUGGCUGGGGAACUGCAAACCCAGAAGUGGAUGAACUACAGACAGCAGCAAACAGUGGCCAAGCAGAACAUCCGAUGGCUCCUUCCCUUAUGAAACCACCAAAUGCAUCAAAGUUUAAUUUAGCAAAUGCUGGGAAAAACUUGUCUGCCUGCAGGAACAGGAAUGAAUAUACUCCUUUAGGUAACACAGCAAAUUCAAGAUCUGAUAAUGGAACUUCUCUAAAGUUUGAGAACUUUUCAAGCAGUUUGAAAACUGUCCAGCAGCAAAAACACCCUGACAGUCGUAACCCAUCCCACCUCAUCAAACCAGACACAUCCAAAGGACAGUGGCCAGUGAAACCCAACACUGUGGCAAGAAGUCUGCAGGAUCAUAGUCCAGCAUAUAAAUUUAACUACAAUACUCAGCAAAAUAAAAUGAAUGAAAACCAAUUUGCUUGUGUCCCAGAAGAUAAAAGUCAGGAAAUGUCAUCAUCUCAAGUAAAAAUGAAAAUAAAAAAGAAUUCUUUGCGAAUCCUGUCUGCAGUCAUUCAAAGUGUGAGGCACUGGAGCCAAUAUACCUAUAAAACUGCACUGUUAUUUGAAGUUCUAGGCACACUGGAUUCUGCAGUCACACCUGGAGCAAAAGGGGCAAAGAACUUUCUUCUGAGAGAUGGAAAGGAGACCCUGCCUUGCGUGUUUUAUGAAAUUGACCGUGAGCUUCCACGACUCAUUAGAGGUCGAGUGCACAGGUGCAUGGGAACUUACGAUGCAAAAAGGAACAUUUUCAAGUGCGUCUCUGUAAGACCAGCAACUGCUCAAGAACAGAACACUUUCCAAGACUUUAUUAAAAUUGCAGAUGUUGAGAUGACAGCAUAUGUAAAAACUAUAAAUGAAAUGUAAAAAUCAAAAUGGUUGUCCAAACCCCAGUUUUAACUAAUUGUUGCUCAUAAAGACUGGACAUGCUACAACAUUUACCAAAAUUACCAGUGAAAAUGGGGUUAAGCUUUUGAAAGUAUCACUGUGCUGUGUUGUCUAACAAAUGCUGUGUGGUGUUCUUUGGGUUCCCAUUUAUGUGUUACCUCAUUCACUUUUUUUUAAAAAAUAAAUAAUCAGUAUAAUACCUGUAUAAAAUAACAACAAACCCUGAAGCUGUAGGAAGAUUCCCAAGGACACAGAGGAAGUAGAAAAGAAAGAAUUAUUUGAGCACAGAACUUCCUUGCCUUUGCCAUAGAAACAUCUUUCAUGAGGGAAGGACCAUGUACAUGUUUAUGUACCUUUGCCUUCAAACAUUAACUUUCAUAGA